UCACCGUCCGCAGUCUGCCUCAGCACCUCAACCGCCCGCAAUGCCCUUGGAUACUGCCGCCCCGCUCAUCUCCACAGCGCUCUGACUAACCGUAUCUCUCAAGGACGCAUCCUGGAUCUUUACUUUUGGACUGUUGUGCGCACUGUCCUCUGAGUCCUCUGCGCUGCGUGAAGCGAAUGGAGAAGGUCCAAGGAUAACACAGGGUGCAGGAUUUUGCUACUGCAGAAGACCUGCCGGUGGUUCGCUGGCCGGGGCAGGGGGGCGGGGGGGGACGUGCUGUCACAGGCUGUGGUGUCGCAUCCACUAUUUUGAUCAUCUAAAAUCGCCUUGCAUGGAUACAUCAUGGCUACGUUUAUUUGCAGGGUGCAGUUCUUAGAUGAUACUGAUCCAUUUAACAGCACCAAUUUCCCCGAGCCCACCAGACCACCUCUGUACACUUUCAGGGAAGAUAUUCCUCUGAUAAAUCAGAUUGCUGGAGUCCACAGGCUGCUGAAAGCCCCACAGAAGCCUGAUGACUGUGCCCUUCAGCUGUCCCAUAAUGGAAGCUACCUGGACUUGGAGUCUACCCUGGCAGAGCAGAGAGAUGAACUGGAUGGAUUUCAGGAGGAAGGAGGGAGAGGCAAGAAACACAGCAUUAUUCUUCGAACACAGCUAUCAGUCAGAGUUCAUGCUUGCAUUGAAAAGCUCUACAACUCAACUGGACGGGAGCUACGAAGAGCCCUCUUUUCCCUCAAGCAGAUUUUUCAGAAAAGCAGCAGUCCUUGUGAGGAUGACAAGGACCUGGUGCAUGAGUUCGUGGUGGCAGAGGGACUGACAUGUUUGAUAAAAGUGGGAGCCGAAGCCGACCAGAACUACCAGAAUUACAUCCUCAGGGCUCUUGGUCAGAUAAUGCUGUAUGUGGAUGGGAUGAACGGCCUCAUAUCUCACAAUGAAACAGUCCAGUGGCUUUACACCCUGGUUGGAUCCAAGUUCCGUCUGGUGGUGAAGACGGCGCUAAAGCUGCUGCUGGUGUUUGUGGAGUACACAGAGUCUAAUGCCACCCUGCUCAUAAAGGCUGUGAACGUUGUGGAUGCCAAAAGAGGCACAAAACUGUGGUCAAACGUCAUGGAGAUCCUUGAUGAGAAGGAUGGAGUGGAUACAGAGCUGCUGGUGUAUGCGAUGACACUCAUCAAUAAGACUCUGGCAGGUCUCCCAGACCAGGACUCCUACUAUGACAUGGUGGACUGUCUGGAGGAACAGGGCAUCGAAGCCAUGGCCCAGAGACACCUGACCAGGAAGGGCACGGACCUUGACCUCGUAGAACAGUUCAACAUUUAUGAGAUGACUCUGCGUCAUGAGGAUGGCGACGAUGAAACCCAGUUGCCUCCCAGCGGCCGAAAGGACCGCCGCCGGGCCAGUGUCGGCGGCACCAACGAAAGGCGGGGCCUGGAGAGAAGACGCAGCCGGAGACACUCGCUCCAGCAUAACAGAGGCCACGCUUCUGCCCCAGCAUCACCCAGCAGCCCACAUACUCAUGCAAGCAGAUUCCUGCCCUUCGGUGGUCAAGGUGUUGAAGACAUUAGUGAAAGUCUGACAGAUACAAACAACCCUCCUACAUCUUACACAGCUAGAAAGCCUUGCUGGGCUGAAAGAAUCAAUGCCAAUGGCACUCCGUACCCUGGCAGGCACCAGGCUCCUACAUCACCCAUCCAUCGCUUCUCCAAUUCAGCAGCCUCCACGCCAGACUCUAAACCUGACAGACCCGCUUUAGGAGGUUUGCUAACUUCAUCGUACAGACAGCAUCAGGAGUCGCUGGCUGCCGAGAGAGAGCGAAGGCGCCUGGAAAGAGAAGAGCGUCUGCAGAGAAUCGAAAGAGAAGAGAGGAAUCGCUUCAAUCGAGAUUAUGUAGACAAGAGAGAAGAAGCAAGACAAGCCAGAGAGGAAAGGUACAAGGCUGUGGAGAGGCUAGCUGCAGAGGAGUUUGAGCGGGAGCGACCCAGAGUGCCAACAAGAGGACGGACGGAGAUCACUUUGUGUUUGAGUUCCAACCCCGCCAGCCGCUCAGCGUCUCGCUGUGCCACACCUUCAUCCAUCAUCUCGCAGGAAGACACCAUCGCCACGGCACACCAGGCAUCUGGAACAGAACACAUCUCAGAGCCAAACCUUGACCCACAGACCAGAACCAAAAGUCCAGCGCCAGAGUUAACAGUAUCAGAAACCUCCCCCACACCUCCCUCCGAGCCAGACAAGCAGCAGACUGAGACAGAGUCGCCUGCCGAGGCAGAGGAUGUUGCUGAGUCUGACCAAAAUGUAGUGGCAGAGCCGGCGUCAGACGAACAGUCAGGCGUGGAGACGGAAGAGGGGCAAGAGCAGGAGAGGCCUGAGGGCCAGAAACAGGGCAUGGAUGAGGCAGCGGACGAAGAGCAGGUAGAAGAAGCAGACGUAGCUGAUGUAGCAGAGGUGGGAGAACAAGAUGUGGAAGUGGAUGUCGAGCUAGGGGAGGAGAGCGAGAAGGACCCGCCGACGGAAAGGGAUGUAGAAGACAGUGUACUGCUGAGUGAGAAGGAGAGACAGAAUGAGGAAGUGAAUGAGAAGGACAACUGCUCUGCAUCUAGCAUCUCCUCUACGAGUAGCACUCUAGAGAGGGAGGAGCGGGAGGAGAAGCUCACAGGUGACAUUGAAGCAGGCCAGUGGACUCAGUGCAUUAAAGACGCAGAUGUGAACGACGAGUGCAACAAAAUUCUGAACAGCAAGCGCUUCAUGCUGGACAUGCUCUAUGCUCAGACGACACCCAGCAAGGAUGGAGGGAAUGUAGGAGAAACGCAGAGAGAAAAAUGUAAAUGUGAGAAGGAGACAGAGGUCAGUGACUCCUCUGUGGCUAGUUUGGCCAGCAGGAUCUCCACACUGGAGGCUCACAGACAGGCCAGAGAAGAAAAUGUGAAAAAAAUGGAGGUGGGACAUCUGGACAACCAGGGCAGUGUCCGAGCAGUGGCGGAGAAGUUUGGAGAUUUGGUCAAAGGCUUAACGUCUCCUCUUGAGGUGGAGGCCUCAAAAGAACAGCAGCAGCAGCAGCAAACGGACAAAUCAUCAACUGCAGCUUCAUCAGCUUUACCUCCUAAGAAAGAGUCUGAUUAUAUCUGGGAUCAGCUGAUGGCAGCACCCAGGGAGCUGCGCAUCAAAGAAAUGGACUUCACGGAUCUGAGGGACGAGGAUGACUUGGACAUUUUAGACAUGGACAACAUGGUGGGGUCAGGUGACCUAAUACCACCACCUCCCCCUCCACCAUGCAACGCUGCCCUGCCUCCACCCCCACCACUGUUUGGGUGCCCUCCGCCUCCUCCCAUGCUUGGCAAAAUGAUGCCGCCACCCCCACCGUUCAUGGCCCCUAUCCCUCCACCCUCCCCUCAGCUCAGUCGAGGGGAGGUGCCUCUCUUCCAGAAAAAAAAGAAGACCAUCCGUCUCUUCUGGAACGAGGUGCGUCCUGUGGACUGGCAGUGUAAGAACCAUAAAUUCUGUAAGGACUCCCUCUGGUGCAAACUGGAGCCAAUUAAACUGGACACAUCCAAGCUGGAGCAGCUGUUUGAGUCCAAAUCCAAGGAGCUGCCUGUCACUAAGAAAGCAGCUGUUGAUGGCAAAAGACAAGAAAUCAUAGUCCUGGAUUCAAAACGAAGCAACGCUAUAAACAUUGGUUUGACUGUCUUACCUCCUCCCCGCACCAUCAAGACUGCAAUCCUCAACUUUGAUGAGUACGCACUAAACAAGGAGGGCAUUGAGAAAAUACUGACAAUGAUCCCCACAGAGGAGGAGAAGCAGAGGAUCCAGGAGGCUCAGCUGGUCAACCCCGAUAUUCCCCUGGGCAGCGCUGAACAGUUCCUUCUCACCCUCUCCUCCAUCACAGAGCUGUCUGCUCGCCUGCAGCUGUGGGCAUUCAAGAUGGACUAUGAGCUUAUUGAGAAGGAAGUGGCAGAGCCUCUUCAGGACCUGAAGGAAGGGAUGGACCAAUUAGAGAAAAACAAGACACUCCGCUACAUCUUGACCACACUGCUGGCCAUUGGCAACUUCCUCAACGGAACCAAUGCUAAAGGCUUUGAGCUGAGCUACUUGGAGAAAGUCCCAGAGGUGAAGGACACGGUUCACAAGCAGUCUCUGCUGCACCACGCCUGCUCCAUCGUGGUUGAGAAGUUUCCAGACAGCACUGACCUCUACUCUGAGAUAGGAGCUAUCACCCGCUUGACUAAGGUGGACUUUGACCAGCUUCAAGACAAUCUGGCCCAGAUGGAACGAAGGUGCAAAGCAUCAUGGGAUCACCUCAAGGUCAUUGCAAAACAUGAGAUGAAGCCAGCGUUGAAACAAAAAAUGUCCGACUUCCUCAAAGACUGUGCAGAGAGAAUUAUUAUUCUGAAGAUUGUACAUCGAAGAAUUAUCAACAGGUUUCAUGCCUUUCUGCUGUUCCUGGGCCAUCCGAUAUAUGCCGUACGUGAGGUCAGCAUUCAUCGCUUUAGCAAGAUCCUGAGUGAAUUUGCCCUGGAGUAUCGCACAACAAGGGAGCGUGUGCUUCAACAGAAACAGAAGAGGGCCAACCACCGAGAGAGGAACAAGACCAGGGGAAAAAUGAUAACAGAUAGUGAGGAUGACGAUGAUAGUGAGAGUGGUAAAUUUGGCAGUUCCCCACCAGAUGCACAGGAGAGCCAGCCUCAGGGUAUCCAGUAUGCUGAAGAUGCAGCUGAACAUGAAAACAUGAAGGCCGUGCUAAAGAGUAGCCUGCAGGGUGGAGAGAGCGGGACGUCCACGGUGCCGGGCCUCCGUACACGCACCAGAGCCGGCAGCACCAGAGGGCGUGUUCCCCCAUGGUGCUCUGCCAGUGAUGACCCAGUGAACUGCACAGAUGACACAGCUGAUGAGAUCAUGGAGAGGAUUGUCAGGUCAGCCACUCAGGGGCCCAGCCAGCGGACGCAACCUCGAGAGAGGAGGCGAUCCCGAGCCAACCGAAAGUCAUUGAGAAGGACACUGAAGAACGGUUUGACGACAGAGGAGGCCAACGCUCUCGGCUUGUCCAGUGGUUCGGAGAUGCAGGUGUGAGCUGGGCCUGGGUCCCACUGGACAUUAAGACGUCUGGAAGCCCUUUCACUGCCCCCUCCAAUGUCUACAACCAACCUGGCAACCCACUGCACUCUUAACUUGGCACUAAACCCCCCCCCCCCCCCCCCCCCCCCAGCUUUGAUGAGUUGAUCUCAUCUUUAUGCGUUUGGUUUACAUAGGCUUGACUCAAGUGCUUCCUGAAGAGAGUGGAUAAAAAGCGGAACAAGAUUUUAUUCAUGAACUGUGCAGCAGAGAGAGCAGAAACAGGCACGCUGCAUUCAAACCACUAAGCUUUGCUGUUGCUGGAUAAACAUCGAUGAUCUGCACUCACAGGGCUUAAUCACCAUCAUCCUUCGAACGUGACGUUGCUCACAAACACCCACACAAAAGUAUAUUUUGUUAAAGCCAAGGGCAUCAAAAGAGCUAGCAGUGCAUAGAAGUGUGGUACAGACACUAAACUCUUCACUGUGUUUGCUUGGGUUUAGUGUCACCCUGCAGCUUUAGUGGCAAAUUGUAUUGAAAGACAUUUCAUCUAUUGAAUAGAUGGUUUCUUGCAGAGGGUUAUUCUGUUAAAUACUACUGUGGUAGUUUUGUGUUUCUAUUCAUUUUUGCUCAAGAAGGUGCUCAAAUAAGGAACAAUUGCACUGGAUGUUAAAGUUGGGUAUCAAUGGAAUGUGAAAUCCUUGACACUGAUGAACCACUCUGACAUUUGAAUCUGAAAACACACUCAACAGUUUUUACCAGCAAUUUAACAGUAGCACAGUUUUUAAUGUCUAAUCCAAAGUCGACAGAUUCAAGGCAGGUGUGCAUUAGUUUACUGGGUGAGAAGGAGUUUAUCAGAGAAACAGUGAAAAUAUUCACAAGAUCACAAGGAGGGAGCGAAUGUUACUGUGGGUAAGACUGGUGAUACCACUAGUUUCCGACUAAUGCUCGUCAUGCAGACAUGUUUAGCUUAAACAAAUGUAGACAAGUUGUAUCAUGUGACCUAUUCUCACUAAUGGACUGAACAGUUGGGGACAGUUUAAGGAAGGCAGGCACAAUGUUGCGGUUGAGCAAUCUUCACAAUAGUUAUGUAGUUUUAUUUUGUAGAAACUUUGAGCUGCACAUUUCAGAGUGCCUUUCAGAGACAGUUAUUUAUUAAGACGUUUUCAGGGACAUAAAAAAAUAAAAUCAGAAAAUGUUACUACAAAUGUGCGGUCUGUGAGGGAAGGGAGGAUGAUAAUACUGCAAUCAUUCAUGAGCUGUGAUUUAUUUUUAACCAGUAUUUUUAAAACUUGUCCUGGCAAAGUUUUUUUUUUGUUUAGUUUUUUUUCUCCACGUUAUAUCUUGGAUCAAAUAGUUUGUUAUGAAGAUAGCUUUAAAGUAUUUAUGACAACUUAGGGACUGGUUAUGCACAUUAGCUGUAUCCUGUUGCCUUACUGUAGAAUACAGGCAUGCGUUGUUUCACUCGAGAUCUAGGUAAAAUAAAAGUUAAAAAUAGAUCUGGCCAAAUUAAUGUGCAGUGCAACUGGCAUCACUGGAGAUCUCGGUUUGUCAUUUACAGGACACGUAGAGUAUUCCUUCAUUAUUUAAGAAUGAAUGUGAACAUCAGGGGUUACAUGAUAAUUAGUAAUAUGGAUGCACAUAAAAUCUCCAUAAUUUAUCUACUUUAAAACAUGUAAAUCUUUAUUGAAGCAACUAAGAAGGAGCCUGCAGUUUAACCUUUUGAUUAUGUGGGUGUUUUUGAACUAUUGGUGAGCUCAUUUUACUUUUGAUUCAUUUGGAACGACCUUGGGUACACUAUAACAUGCAUAGUUACAGCUGAUACCAUGGCUUGCAAGUUGCAAGGUAAAUCUAUCCACUCGCAAAUUUUCACUGUGAUGGAAACAUAGCCAUUGAGACACAAGAAUCUAGCGCAACAUCAUGCUAAAGCUACAUAAAACCACACCAGCAGAACGUUUUGGUUUUUUUUUGUUUUUGUUUAGAAUUUACUGAAAACUAUUCAGCACCUUAGACUCAAUGUGUAGCAUGCAACUUAGAACUGAAGUUACGAGGGAAGAGCUCAUUGUGUUUCCCAGAUUGUACUGACUUUGUCAAAAACAAAACACAGUAGAUGUGUUAAGUGAUAUAGGGGGAAUGCUGUAAAAUGAUGUACAUGUCAUGACAAUGUCUUUAUGUUCUUCUGAUUUUUUUUUUUUUUUGCUCCGUGUGUAGAAUUGUGUAUUAUAGACUAAAAGCAGUAUUAUUCUAAAUAUAAUUUAAGCAAACCAAGCCAUGCAUGGUUUAAAAAGGUGUCACUUCUGCUUGAUACAAAGGGAGGUUCACUUUGGUUCUCAGAGCUGUAGGAUUUCUAUGCGUGUUAUUAAAUCUUUUUACUUCACGGACUGAUUUACCAGCAACUCCUGUGGAAUCCCUUAGAAGCCUUUGAUUUCAUUGCACUCAACAUUUUUCUUCUCUUCAUUUAACAUUAGCUCAUCACACACACAUCGCUGCCUGUGCCAUAACAUCACUGUGGAACUUGGACACAAGCUCUAUACAACCAAGGCUUCUAUUGCGUCUAUGCCCACAGCAAAAACUAUGUAAAAACUACAAU